ACUUGCUAAUUUUGAAUAUCCACUCCCCCCAAUUCAAAUCUGAGCUUCAAGGCCAACUACAACAGCUCUCGAAACUUCAAAAGCUCUGGGUAAGCAUUAAUUUCAUCCUCAAGCUUCUGGGCAAGUUUCUUAUUGUUCCAGUAUGAGCAAACUAAGCGUUUGAAUUCGAAUCGUCUUCUUAUUCUUCCCGGUUGGUGAAAGAGACCACAAGCUACUUCUCGAUCUACCAUGUCCCGAAACGUUCCGAGAAUAGAGAUGCCGGAAUCGGAAGAAAACGAGUUCGCGAGCUUGUCUUUGUUUUCGCCUUCAAGACCUCCUCUGAAUUCGAUACCGGAUCCAAGUCAAAUUCAGAAGGCGAAUCAUCUACCCCAUUUCGAUUUGGUUCAGAAAUUGGAAGGUACAAGAGCGCAGCAUCAACGAACACUUGGUCCAGAGAAGAAAUUUGAAGUUUUGGAAGGUAGAGCUGGAAAUUCGAGUGAUUCGAACCCUAAGAUUGUUAAUCGUAAUGGAAAAUCUCGGUCGGAGCCAAACUCUGCGCAGAGUACGCCCACUAGGAACGGUGCUAGGGUUUCUCUUGGUGGUGGUUGUGCUACCGGCGCAAGAUUUCUUCAGUCUUUCGGUGGAAGAGGAAGGAUUCCGAGGGGAGUUUCUAUUGCUGAGUCUGUUAGCUUCGCGGAAACAACUCCACAUUUUGAACUCAAUGAAGAUCAUUCGUUUUGGAAAGACCACAAUGUGCAGGUUUUGAUAAGGCUGAGACCAUUAGGCACAAUGGAAAGGGCUAAUCAAGGAUAUGGUAAGUGUUUAAAACAAGAGAGUCCACAAACAUUGGUCUGGUUAGGCCAUCCAGAGGCCAGAUUCACCUUUGACCACGUUGCCAGUGAGACAAUAUCUCAGGAAAAACUGUUUCGCGUUGCUGGACUGCCCAUGGUGGAGAAUUGCUUAUCUGGUUACAACAGCUGUGUGUUUGCCUACGGUCAGACUGGUAGUGGCAAGACUUAUACUAUGAUGGGAGAGAUAUCUGAGGCAGAGGGAAGCCUCGGUGAAGACUGCGGAGUUACUGCUCGUAUUUUUGAGUAUCUGUUCUCAAGAAUUAAAAUGGAAGAAGAGGAAAGGAGAGAUGAAAAUUUGAAGUUCAGUUGCAAAUGUUCUUUUCUUGAGAUAUAUAACGAGCAGAUAACCGACCUCUUGGAACCAUCGUCAACCAAUUUGCAACUUAGAGAAGACUUGGGGAAAGGAGUAUAUGUUGAAAAUCUUGUAGAACAUAAUGUGAGAACUGUUAGUGACGUUCUAAAGCUUCUACUACAGGGAGCAACUAACCGGAAGAUUGCUGCAACCCGUAUGAACAGUGAAAGCAGCAGAUCCCACAGCGUUUUCACUUGUACAAUUGAGAGUCUCUGGGAGAAAGAUUCUCUAACUCGUUCAAGAUUUGCCAGACUAAACUUGGUCGAUUUGGCUGGUUCUGAAAGGCAGAAAAGCUCAGGUGCGGAAGGGGAUCGCCUAAAAGAAGCAGCAAACAUUAACAAAUCCUUAUCAACUUUGGGCUUGGUGAUAAUGUCUCUGGUGGAUUUGGCACAUGGGAAACAUAGACAUGUUCCCUAUAGAGAUUCUCGACUUACCUUUUUACUGCAGGAUUCUCUAGGGGGUAACUCCAAAACAAUGAUAAUAGCUAAUGUCAGCCCAUCUCUUUGCUCUACAAACGAAACCCUCAGCACCCUGAAGUUCGCGCAACGGGCAAAACUAAUCCAGAAUAAUGCUAAAGUAAAUGAAGAUGCCUCUGGGGAUGUUACAGCACUCCAACAGGAAAUAAGAAAGUUAAAGGUCCAACUGACUUCUCUUCUGAAGAACCAUGACUCUUGUGGGGCUCUUUCAGACUGCAUAUCUUCUCUUGAAGAAUCCAGAUACUCUGGUACAUGUAAAGUAGCAGGAGAAACAAGACAAGACAAGUGUCACUGUCAGGUGCAUAAUUCACUGAGAGUGAAGGUGAAAAAUAUGAACGAUAAUAUGAUUGGUGCUCUCAGAAGGGAAAAGAUUGCUGAAUCUGCCCUUCAGAAGUCCGAGGCUGAGAUUGAGCGUAUAGAUUGCUUGGUUAGAGACAUGGAAGAAGAUGCUAAGCGCAUUAAAAUAAUGCUUAAUCUUAGGGAAGAGAAAGUUGGAGAGAUGGAAUUCUGUACGUCUGGUUCAUUGAUGACAAAAGAGUGUCUCAUUGAAGAAAAUAAAACUCUAAAAGGAGAGAUCAAGCUUCUUCGCGACAGCAUUGACAAGAAUCCAGAGUUGACACGUUCAGCCUUGGAGAACACCAAGCUCCGGGAGCAGCUACAACGAUAUCAGAAAUUUUACGAGCAUGGGGAACGAGAGGCAUUACUUGCUGAGGUGACAGGACUACGUGACCAGCUUCUUGAUGUUCUUGAAGCAAAAGAUGAAUCCUUUUCUAAACACGUUAUGAAGGAGAACGAAAUGGAAAAGGAAUUCGAAGACUGCAGAAACAUGAACUCUAGUUUGAUCAGAGAACUAGAUGAAAUACAAGCAGGACUUGGAAGAUACUUGAAUUUCGAUCAAAUACAAUCCAACGUUGUUGCAUCUUCCACCAGAGGAGCUGAGCAGGCAGAAACAAUGCCAACUAUAAGUGAAAUCCAAGAGGAGGUGGCUAUUUCACAUAGUAAAAACUAUGAUAGAGGUGCACUAGUGAAGACAGAUGAGGGGAUAGACCGGUCAAUCCUGCAGUUCAAGUUAGGGAAGUUAAUGAAGGACCUCGAGGAGGCCAGAACACUCAAUUGUAAAUAUGAAAAAGAUCAUAAGUCGCAGUUAUCUCAACAAGAAGACAUUGAAGUAGUCCGUGAGCAAGUCGAGACAGAAACUGCUAGAACCAUUCUUGAGUUGCAGGAAGAGGUGAUUGCUCUCCAGUCUGAAUUUCAAAGAAGAAUCUGUAACUUGACCGAGGAAAAUCAGUCGAUAAAAGAUACUAUAACUGCUAGAGAGUCAGAAAUAAGAGCACUUAACCAAGACUGGGAAAAGGCUACCUUAGAACUGACUAAUUUCAUCGUCGCUGGGUCCAAAUCCAUCAAAAAUGCCUCUACACAGAUUGAAAGUAUCAUCUGUUCAUUUCCACAAGUGAAUGCGUGGAUAGGUGAUUAUGUUGAGAAGGCUGCAAAAAAUUGUAUAAAAAAGGAAGAAACAAUUUUACUUCUACAGAAAAGCUUGGAAGAUGCAAGGAUAUUAGUAGCAGAGAUGAAUUUGAAGCUGAAUUCUUUAAAGGGCGCAACAAUUGCUCUCAACGAAUUUCAACUGGGUGGCAAUGCUGCAACGACUGAAGAGGCUUUCAACUUGAAUAAUGAUGUAGACAGGAUGAGCGAUGAGGUAGACACGCUUGAGAGUAACUUUAAAGCAAAUCAAUAUUCUAUUCUGAAAACAGAACGACAUGCCGAAGCUGCUUUAGCUGUUACAAAAUGGCUUUCUGAUUCUAGAGAUCAACACCAAAUGAUGGAAAAAGUACAAGAUCAAUCAGUUAAAGAAUUUGGUACAUUAAGUUCAAUCUCUGCUUCUCUUAGUGCGGAAGGGAAUGCUGAUAUUAGUUUGUCAAGGGAUGGACAUCUAAGUGACGCAACAUAUCCAAAGGGUGAUGAGCUUUCAACAUCAAGCUCUGACUUUUCAAACUGUAGAUGGCAACAUGAUUGUGCACUGAACGUAAAGUGUCAAGGAGUUUCAAGUUCUGAAUCUGACGCUCAAGAAAGUAAUAACAAGAUUACAUCAGCAGCUUUAAUUGCUAAGAAUGGUUCUGCACAUUCUGUUUACUGUGGAGAGGGGAGGCAGUCAGUUGAGAAGCCAUUGACCAUUAUGAUGGGGAGAGAAGAAACAGAAUACAAAUGCAGUAAACCGCUUUCUUCUGGGGUAUAUAUGGGUCUUAUGCAGAGAAUGGAUCCUGUUAGAACUUUCUUCGAUCGAUUUGAGGAAGUCAAUGCUACCAUGAAAGAAGCUGAUCUCACAAUAUGUGAAUUAGUAAAGGCCAAUGAAAAAUCAAAUAGUGUUACUGAAAUGUGGCUUCAAACCCAUGAAGAGUUAAUAAGUAAGGAAAAAAAUUUGAUGGAUGAUCUUGAACAGGUCAAGUCUAUACUAUCUGCUUGUGAAGAAGAAAAACAAGUCUUGCUAAAUCAAACACACACCACUUUGGCGGACAUGGAAAAUUCAGUGUCUUUGCUUGAAGAAUAUUUUCAGGAAAUGAAAAGAGGAGUAGAAGAAACAGUAGAGGCUUUGUUUUCCCAUGCCCGUUUAGCUGGAAAAGAGCUUCUCCAAUUGAUUUCCAACUCAAGACCAUCACUUGAACAGAUUGCAUCUGAAUUCAUGGAGAGAGAGUUCACCAUGUAUGCAACAUACCAAUGCCACAUUGGGAAACUGAUCGAUCAAAUUUUGGAUCAGAGAAAACAGGUUAUCACUCCCAACCUUUCAGGCCAAGAAACCAAUCAGUCAGUGAAGAUUAAUGCCAUUGGGUAUAAUGCCGAAGAUGAAGUCACUAAAAAGCAAAGCAGAGAAGAGAUUGUCACAGGCUUAGAAAAUGAUGAAGUUGUUCAGUCACAUGAAAGCCUAUUAUAUGAGAACUUGUAUCUGAAAAAGGAGCUUGAGAGAAAAGAAGCUUUGUUUGAAGGCUUGCUUUUUGAUUUUAGGCUACUUCAGGAAUCAGCAUCAAAUAAAAGAGAUAUCAAGAAUGAAAUGGAUGAGCUGUUUGACGCAUUAUGCAAAGUACAGCUAGAGCUGGAACUGAAAGCAAGUCAAGUUCAUGAGCUUUUUGUUCAUAACGAGAAUCUUGAAAAUUGCUCCAUUGACUUGAAAACGGCGUUGUUCACGUCACAGUCAGAUCUAGAGCAGGCUAAACAGAGGAUACAAAUUCUUGCGGAGCAGAAUGAUGAGUUAAGGGCCCUUGUUAGUGAUCUCUGUAAGGAAAAGGCUGCAGCUGAGGAGGGAUUGGACGAACAAAGGGAUCUUGUCAAUAGGUUGGAAAAAGAAAUCCUUCACUUGACUACUACAGCAGAGAAGCAAUUGCUUUCUGCGGUCAAGUCCAUUAAAGAAAAUUUGAAAAAGACCAGCGAUGAGAAAGAUCAGAUUGUUGACGAAAUAUGUUCGUUAAAUAAUAAGCUUGAGUUGGCCUAUGCUAUAGCUGAUGAAAAAGAAGCAAUUGCCGUAGAGGCUCAUCAGGAAUCUGAAGCAAGUAAAAUAUAUGCUGAACAAAAGGAAGAGGAGGUCAAGAUUCUAGAAAUUUCUGUUGAGGAACUUGAGCGUACGAUAAAUAUAUUAGAAAGACGGGUGUAUGAUAUGGAUGAAGAAGUAAAAAGGCAUCGUACCACCCAAGAUUCGUUAGAGACAGAGCUGCAAGCUCUCAGACAGAGAUUGUUUCGAUUUGAAAACUUCACUGGCACUAUGGUCACAACCAAUGAAAGCACAGAGGAAUAUAAGAGUCACAUAUCCAGGUCGACAGGGCUGCAAGGUGCGCAUAGUCAGAUACAAGUCCUACAGAAGGAAGUAGCAGAACAAACCAAAGAGAUUAAACAGCUAAAAGAGUACAUCUCCGAGAUCUUACUGCAUUCUGAGGCCCAAUCAUCUGCUUACCAAGAGAAGUAUAAGACUCUGGAGGUCAUGAUUCGAGACUUCAAACUAGAGGAUUCAAGUUCGUCAGCUGCAGAGACCAUAUCACAUAAAACUGAAAAAAGCUCAACAAGGAGUAGAGGUUCAAGUUCACCCUUCAGAUGUAUAGUUGGGUUGGUACAACAGAUGAAACUGGAGAAGGAUCAGGAAUUGACAAUGGCAAGGGUUCGUGUUGAAGAAUUGGAGUCAUUGCUAGCUGUUAAACAGAAAGAGAUUUGCACAUUGAACACGAGGAUAGCUGCAGCUGAUAGCAUGACUCAUGAUGUGAUUCGGGAUUUACUUGGUGUGAAAAUGGAUAUAACCAGCUAUGCUGAGUUGAUUGACCAGCACCAGGUCCAAAGAGUGGUUGAAAAGGCUCAGCAACAUGCUGAAGAGAUCCUGUCCAAGGAGCAAGAAGUCAUGAACCUGAAGAGACAUAUUGAUUAUCUAUUUAAGGAUAGAGAGAGUUGCAUGUCAGAGUUGAACAAGAAAGAUACAGAUGUUCUUGCGACACAGAUAUCAUUAGACCAACUACAAGAGCGAGUUCAGUUGCUUUCUAUGCAAAACGAAAUGCUUAAGAAUGACAAGAGCAAUUUGCUGAGGAAGUUAGCUGAACUUGAUCGAACAGUCCACAAUGCACAGGCCAGUAACCAUCGUGUUCCACAGACAACAAAGGAUACAGCGUCAUUUAAACUUGCUGAUACUGAUUAUACCAAGAGACUGGAAAACGCUCAGAAGCUUCUUUCCCAUGCUAAUAACGAAUUGGCAAAGUAUCGCAAAACGAGCAAUAACCAUCCAUCUACAAGAACUCAAGGACAGAGCUCUGGUACAAGAUAUCGGUAAAGAGUUUUUUUUUUAAAGCUUCUCUUCUCCUGGGUUUGUUCUUGAGAGUAUAUAUCGCACGAGUCAAACCUAUGAAGCUAGUCAAGCAAUCAGAACAAGGCAGAGUGUUUUAUAUGGCUUGAUCGUCCAUAAACAAGUCAACUUUCCAGUAGCUUGAUGGAAUUACGUUCUUGACUUGUUUUUGGUUAACUUUUUGUGUGUGAGUGUCUUAAAUUGGAAUUGUUGUGUAUAAGAAUGCAUAUAACAUGUUGCUGCAAUUGGCCUGUUGUUGUAUUUGUAUGUUUAUAUGCUCCGAACAUUUCUUAUUGCUAAUAAAAUAAUGGUUUUGUUCCUC